AUUCGACCAACUAGAGUCCAAUCAAAAAUAAAGUGGGCGUAUCCAAAUUGACGACGAUCUUUCUUCUGAAACAGAGUUGUGUGCACUCUGCAGAGGAAACGACCGAGAUAAGAGACCACUGCUCCUUAAAUAGUGUCCCUGUUUCUGGAAUUAAGAUGGCCCCUCCAUUGCGGCACCGUUCCUUGCGUGUUUUUUUGCAUGACGACCGCCACGUCAUGGCCAAACAUUCUGCCAUCUACCCUUCUCAGGAAGAACUGGAGAAUGUGCAAAACAUGGUGUCCCACACCGAACGAGCCCUGAAGGCAGUCUCAGACUGGCUGGAUAAACAAGAGAAGUGUGACGGUAAUGGUGCAGAUGUUGAUAAGGAGAGUGAGCACAAAGAACAAGUCACACGUACCCUUCGUGGUGUGAUGAGGGUAGGCUUGGUGGCCAAGGGCCUUCUCCUGAAGGGAGAUCUGGACCUUGAGCUGGUGCUCCUCUGUAAGGACAAGCCAACCGUCACUUUGCUAAAGAAUGUGGCCGACAACCUGGUUACACAGCUUAAGGUCGUCACAGAAGACCAGUAUGUUGUGAGUCAACACAUCCGAGAGGCCUGUAUUAUUAUCAAGAACACAAAGGAGCCCCCUCUCACCCUGACCAUUCACUUGACGUCCCCAUUGGUUCGUGAGGAUAUGGAGAGGGCUGCUGCUGGCGAAACGCUAUCAGUCAACGAUCCCCCGGAUGCUCUGGACAGGCAGAAAUGCAUAACUGCCUUGGCGUCUCUUCGCCACGCUAAGUGGUUCCAGGCCAGAGCUAACGGGCUGCGCUCCUGUGUAAUCGUCAUUCGGGUUCUAAGAGACCUGUGUGCCCGCAUCCCCACAUGGACUCCACUUGGUGGCUGGCCACUGGAACUGAUCUGUGAGAAAGCCAUUGGCACAGGAAACAGGCCCAUGAUGGCAGGAGAAGCUCUGCGCAGAGUCUUAGAAUGUCUGGCUUCAGGAAUCCUGAUGCCAGAUGAAGCUGGAAUUGCUGAUCCAUGUGAGAAGGAGCCCACAAAUGCUAUAUCUCACUUGGACUACCAGCAGAGAGAAGACAUCACAUUGAGUGCACAACAUGCCUUAAGACUGUCAGCCUUUGGACAGCUUCACAAAGUGCUUGGAAUGGAUCCACUUCCUUCUAAGAUACCUAAGAAAACUCCUGGACCUCCAAUUGAUUAUAUAGUGCAAAUCCCGCCAAGUACAGCAUAUGCCCCACCAAUGAAACGGCCCAUUGAGGAAGAGGAGGGAAUUGAAGACAAGAGUCCCAAUAAGAAGAAGAAAAAACUGCAGAAGAAAUCUGCAGAGGAUAAGUCUGAUCCUCCUCAGGCUAUGAAUGCUUUGAUGCGACUCAACCAGCUGAAGCCAGGUCUCCAGUACAAGCUGAUCUCACAGACCGGCCCGAUUCAUGUUCCCGUCUUCACUAUGGCUGUAGACGUUGAUGGCAAGACCUUUGAGGCUUCCGGUCCAUCCAAGCGGACUGCCAAGCUACAUGUAGCUGUCAAAGCGCUGCAAGACAUGGGUUUACCCACAGGAGUGGAAGUAAAAACUCCAGAGCCUGUAAAAGCUGAAGAAACCGCAGUACCAGUUAUUGUGGAGGAUGUUAAGCCAGAAGUAACAGCCACUGAAGUUGCUCCUACACCCACAGGAACAGCCAGCGUAGAUUCCACUGAUUCUGCAGAGACCACCCGGCAACAGGGACCAAUCCUGACCAAACAUGGCAAGAACCCAGUGAUGGAGCUGAACGAGAAGCGCCGUGGCCUGAAAUAUGAGCUCAUCUCAGAGACUGGCGGCAGUCAUGACAAGCGCUUUGUCAUAGAGGUCGAGAUUGAUGGGCAAAAGUUCCAGGGGACCGGAUCCAACAAGAAGGUGGCCAAAGCUUACGCAGCACUGGCCGCUUUGGAUCAGCUCUUCCCUGAGGGUUCUGUGACUGAAGUUGCUAAAAAGAAAAAGGGACCUCCAAUGAUCAACGAAGGCUAUGGCAUGAUGGGACCUCCUGGCGAUACUGCUAUCCCCAGAGGCAGAGGGAGAGGAGGACGAGGUCGUGGAAGGGGCAGGGGUUUCAAUAACGGAGGGGGCUGUGGCCCAGGAGGCUUCGGCACAUAUGGUUAUGGCAACAACUCAAUGUCUGGAUACAAUUACUACAACAACGGUGGGGCGAAUGGAGGAAGUGCGCUGUCAGGUGGCCCUUCAGGUGGUACUCCGGCCAACACAGCACAGGGGUCAGCACAAAGCUCCUAUGGCUCAUACUAUGAGAGUGAUGGAGCCUACAAUACCACGGCUGCUGCUAAGAUCCACAAAAAGAAACUCCCUACAAGGGGUGGGAAGUCAUCUUUUCAGGUUCCCUUGGGUGUGAAUAGUGCAUCUACAGGGAGCUACCAGGCCAGCAAUGCUUCCGGACAGGGCAACUAUAACCAAUAUGGCCAGGGCUACGGUCAGGCAAAGAAGAAUUUUAAUCAGGGAGGUGCAAGUGGAUACUCUUACAGCACCGCCUACCCGAGCCAGGUGACUGGUGGGGCUGGAGGAAACCAGGACUACAAUUAUGAUGGUUUCACCAACCAGUCCAAUUACAACUCGCAGGGUGCCGGAGAAAACCAGGGUUUCAACACCAGCCACACUCAGUACCACAAUCCUGGAAGCUACAACAAGGGAGAUUCCAGCGGAAUUUACCAAUAUAGAUAGACUGAGUUUCUCGUGUGAACCAUCAGCUUGCCAUUUCUCCCUGCAUCUUUGCCUCUAACCUUUUCUGAAGAAUGUGAUUGAUUGGCUUACCUGUGCUCUCAGGCUUCCUCCAUGUUUGUUUAUGUGCAUAUUUGGUUCUGUGUUGCCCACAUUCAGGCUGAGUGGUAGCUAAAUUUGGUGGUCAAAGGUUUUAUAAUCUCAAGCUUGUCUUUUCAGUUAUUUUUUUGUAAUCAUAAAACCACUAAGUAAAAAACAAACAGAAAAAACAUGUUACAGGUCUCACAUGCGUGGCUCAGACUUUGCUUUUAAGUUACAAGACAGCUCUGCUUGUAACUACUCUAAGCUUGUAGAUAUGAGCUUUGCUUUUAUUUUUGCCUCAUUUUAUCCAUCCAUCCAUUUUCUACCGCUUAUCAGAGGUCGGGUCGCGGGGGCAGUCGCUUUAGCAGGGACGCCCAGACUUCCCUCUCCCCAGCCACUUCAUCCAGCUCUUCCGGGGGGAUCCCGAGGCGUUAACAGGCCAGCUGAGAGAUGUAGCAGCGUGUCCCAGGUCGUCCCCGGGGUCUCCUCCCAGUGGGACGUGCCCGGAACACCUCACCAGGGAGGUGUCCGGGAGCCAUCCGAAUCAGAUGUCCCAGCCACCUCAUCAGGCUCCUCUCAAUGUGGAGGAGCAGCAGCUCUACUCUGAGCUCCUCGCAGAUGACCGAGCUUCUCACCUUAUCUCUAGGGGAGAGCCCGGACACCCUGCGGAGGAAACUCAUUUUGGUUGCUUGUAUCCGGGAUCUUAUUCUUUCGGUCACAAUCCACACCUCGUGACCAUAGGUGAGGGUAGGAACGUAGAUCGACCGGUAAAUUGAGAGCUUGGCCUUUCGGCUUAGCUCCUCCUUUACCACAACGGACCGAUACAAAGUCCUCAUCACUGCAGACGCUGCAUCGAUCUCCCGUUCCAAUCUUCCCUCACUCGUGAACAAGACCCCAAGAUACUUGAACUCCUCCACUUGGGGCAGGAUCUCAUCCCCGACCUGGAGAGGGCACGCCACCCUUUUCCGACUGAGGACCAUGGUCUCAGAUUUGGAGGUGCUGAUUCUCAUCCCAUCCGCUGCGAACCGCUCCAGUGAGAGUUGGAGAUCACAGCUUGAUGAAGCCAACAGAACCACAUCAUCUGCAAAAAGCAGAGAUGCAAUACCGGGCCUCUGCUGCGCCAAGAAAUUCUGUCCAUAAAAGUUACGAACAGAAUCUGUGACAAAGGGCAGCCUUAGCGGAGUCCAACCCUCACUGGAAACGAGUCCGACUUACUGCCGGCAAUGUGGACCAAACUUUGACACCGGUCGUACAAGGACCGAACAGCCCGUAUCAGGAGGUUCGGUACCCCAUACUCCCGAAGCACCCCCCACAGGACUCCCUGAGGGACACGGUCGAACGCCUUCUCCAAGUCCACAAAACAUGUAGACUGGUUGGGCAAACUCCCAUGCACCCUCGAGGACGCUGCCGAGGGUGAAGAGCUGGUCCACUGUUCCACGCCAGGAUGAAAACCACACUGCUCCUACUGAAUCUGAGAUUCGACUUCCCGACGGACCUUCCUCUCCAGCACCCCUGAAUAGACCUUACCAGGGAGGCUGAGGAGUAUGAUCCCCCUGUAGUUGGAACACACCCCUCUGGUCCUCUUUCUUAAAAAGGGGGACCACCACCCCAGACUGCCAAUCCAGAGGCACUGUCCCUGAUGUCCACGUGAUGUUGCAGAGGCGUGUCAACCAGGACAGCCCCACAACAUCCAGAGCCUUUAGGAACUCCCGGCGAAUCGCAUCCACCCCCGGGGCCUUACCACCGAGGAGCUUUUUAACCACCUCAGUGACCUCAACCCCAGAGAUAAGAGAGCCGCCCCAGAGACCCCAGACUGCUUCCUCAUGGGAAGGCGUGUCGGUGGCAUUGAGGAGGUCUUCGAAGUAUUCUCCCCACCGACUCGCAACGUCCUGAGUCGAGGUCAGCAGUGCCCCAUCUCCACUAUACACAGUGUUGACUGUGCACUGCUUCCACCUCCUGAGACGCCGUAUGGUGGACCAGAAUUUCCUCAAAGCCGUCCGGAAGUCUUUUUCCAUGGCCUCACCGAACUCCUCCCAUGCCGUUGUUGCUUCAGCGACCACCCAAACUGCAUUCCGCUUGGCCAGCUGGUACCCAUCAGCUGCCUCAGGAGUCCCACAGGCUAAAAAAGCCCAAUAGGACUCCUCCUUCAGUUUGACAGCAUUCACCUUAUUUUAUUUUUUACCGGUUCAGAUUGUACCCCGCCUCCCGCCCGAAGAUAGCUGGGAUAGGCUCCAGCAGCCCAUGACCCAAGUGAGGAUAAGCGGUAGAAGAAAAUGGAUGGAUGGGUUGCUAUAAAAUACACACGUGAAUGGUUCAAGUAGCUUUUGAUUUUGUGGAUAUUUUUCUUGUCAAUGUAUGUAACCACGUGUCUUUGUAUUGAUAAAUGGGUUAUUUAGAA